AUGACUGCAGAACCUGAAAAGCAAACCGGAUUAUCCUCGCCAUUAACAACAUUACGCAUAGGUGGUGUUCCAGAACAUUUUAAUGAACCAUGGCACAUCGGUAUAGAACAAAAGCUGUUUGAGAACGAAGGAAUUAGACUAGAAUGGGUGUCAAUUAAAGAGGGAACGGGUGCGUUGAUUAACAAACUAAAAGAGAAUGAAGUAGAUGCUGUUGUCGCAUUAACGGAAGGCUUAUUAGCUGACAUCGUGAAUGGUUCUUCGUUGAGAUUGUUAGGUACUUAUGUUGAGUCGCCACUAUGUUGGGCGAUAAGCACCGGUGCUCAAAGUGAAUUCCAUCAUAUUGAAGAUUUGAAAGGUCAGACAAUGGGAAUAAGUCGGUUUAAUUCCGGUUCACAUUUGAUGUGUUGUGUAUUAGCCAGUCAACGAGGAUGGAAACAAUCUGAUAUAAAUUAUAAGGUAAAUAAUAACUUUGAAACAUUACGUGCAUCUGUAAAUGAUGGUUCAACAGCGGCUUUUAUGUGGGAAACAUUCAUGCAAAAACCGUAUUUUGAUAAAGGUGAAAUUCGAAGAAUUGGUGAAAUAACAACGCCGUGGCCAUGUUUUAUGAUUGCGUCUACAACAACAACCAUCAACAAUCAUCUACAAUCAUUCAAAGCUAUGUUCAAGGCAUUGGAGAGCGCUUGCGAAAUAUUCAAAAAAAAUGUGGACAAUACUAUUGUUCAAACGAUUACUAAUAAAUUUCAUUUGACUACGGAGGAUGCGCUAGCGUGGCAUGGUCAGGUCGAAAUUGUUGGUCGCAAUCAAAUUGAUGAAUCAUGCAUUGAAACUACAAUCGAUGCCUUAAAAGCAGCAAGUAUCGUGGACAACAACUAUCAAGUUGAUCCUGCGGCAUUCAUCGAUAUUCGAUUAACAAAUUUAACGAUAGACAUUAAGUCGAUGAGAUUAUACAACAAACCAGAAUUAUUAACUGUACUGUAUAAUAAUUUGAGAUUCGACGGAUUAGCAAAAGGAACAAUUAAUUAUAAACAGUUAUUACAAUUUGAUCAAAAUCAUUAUCACGGCACAGAAGUUUUAGAUUUGGCUGUCAAUAAAUGUCAGCUAAAUUCUGCAAGCAAUAAUCGAGUCAUUCAAAUUGGUAGUUCAGUUGGUGGCUGUUCUCGUUAUUUGGCUGGUCAGUAUAAUUUGACGGUAUUAGCUAUUGAAUUACAACACGAGCUACAUGCAACGGCCUGUGAGUUAACUGAACGAUGUUUGUUGAAUGAUUCCGUUCACCACAUGUGUGGAAAUUUUCUAACAGUGGCCAAUCAUUUGCAAGGAAAUAACCAUAAUGCAAUCGUCAGUUGGAUAACUAUUCUGCAUUUCACACGGACCGAACGUAAUAAACUGUUCAAGCAGUGUUAUGAUCUAUUAAAGACAAAUGGAUAUUUCUAUUGUGAAGAUUUUAUUCGACUGGGCAAUCUAACCCAAGAAGAAAAGCAAAUACUGAAACAUGAUGUCUAUUGCAGAUAUAUUCCGACGGCAGAAGAAUAUGCUCAACAACUGAACGAAAAUGGAUUUUCAGUAGUUGAGACUGAAUCAUUGACGGAUGAUUGGACAUUAGUUACUAAACAAAGGUUGGAACAAUUUGAAGCGACAAUGGACCAUCAACUGCAGGUGCAUGGUAAAGAAAUAUAUGAACGAUUGAAAUUUUUUUAUGAGAAAAUAGUUGAACUCUUUCAGGGUGGACAUGUCGGUGGUAUUAGAAUUGUGGCACAGAAAUGUGCCAAGAAUUAG